AUGGAUGGAGGAUAUCCACCCCUUGAAGGUGCCCACGCAAGGCUAAUCAGCAUGGACACCAAGAGUAGUGAACUGGAGGGGUCAGGUGCCCUAGACCACGUGGUGAUCGUUGGUGCCUUGGACGAGGCCGCUGGUGGCCUGGUUGCGGCCCUAGGAGACCUAGUAGCGGUCGCUAGUGGCCUAGACAUGGCUCUAGGAGGCCUAGCGGCGGCUGCUGAUGGCCUGCCUGAGGCCACUGGUGGCCUAGGCGAGGCCACUGGUGGCCUGGCCAUAGCUCUAGGAGGCCUAGCAAUGGCUGCUGGUGGCCUGGUUGUGGCUCUAAGAGGCCUAGCAACGGUCGUUGGUGGCCUGGCCACCUAG